CACGCCCCGCCCACUGCUUCCUGAGCCGCCGGACCCGGCCUGCCUGCCUACGCACGUGGCCUGUCGGUCCCCUGGCUCCGCGACCCGGCGCAGCAUGGCUCCCUCCCAGCUUGCCCUGUUCAGUGUGUCUGACAAAACUGGCCUCGUGGAAUUUGCCAGAAGUCUCGCGUCUCUUGGUUUGAGUCUGGUCGCUUCCGGAGGCACGGCAAAAGCGAUCAGGGAUGCUGGCCUGGCAGUCAGAGAUGUGUCUGAGCUAACGGGGUUCCCAGAAAUGUUAGGGGGACGUGUGAAAACCUUGCACCCUGCGGUCCAUGCUGGGAUCUUGGCACGCAACAUUCCAGAAGAUGCCGCUGACAUGGCCAGGCUUGAUUUCAACCUUAUAAGAGUUGUUGUCUGUAACCUGUACCCCUUCGUGAAGACUGUGGCUUCUCCAGAUGUGACUGUUGAGACAGCUGUUGAACAAAUUGAUAUUGGUGGCGUGACAUUACUGAGAGCUGCAGCCAAAAACCACGCUCGAGUUACAGUCGUCUGUGAACCAGAGGACUAUGUGGGGGUGGCUGCAGAGAUGCAGGGCUCUGAUAGUAAGGACACCUCCCUGGAGACCCGGCGCCACUUGGCCUUGAAGGCAUUCACUCAUACUGCUCAAUACGAUGAAGCGAUUUCAGAUUACUUCAGGAGACAGUACAGUAAAGGAAUUUCUCAGAUGCCCUUGCGGUAUGGGAUGAACCCCCAUCAGACUCCUGCCCAGUUGUAUACGCUGAAGCCCAAACUUCCCAUCACAGUUCUCAAUGGAGCCCCAGGAUUCAUAAACUUGUGUGACGCUUUGAACGCCUGGCAGCUGGUGACAGAACUGAGAGGAGCAGUAGGCAUUCCAGCCGCCGCUUCUUUCAAGCACGUCAGCCCAGCAGGUGCUGCUGUUGGGGUUCCACUCAGUGAGGACGAGGCCAGAGUCUGCAUGGUCUAUGACCUCUACCCGACCCUCACGCCCCUGGCCAUUGCAUAUGCAAGAGCAAGAGGAGCUGAUAGAAUGUCUUCAUUUGGAGAUUUUGUUGCAUUAUCUGACAUUUGUGAUGUCCCAACUGCAAAAAUUAUCUCCAGAGAAGUGUCAGAUGGUAUUGUUGCCCCGGGAUAUGAAGAUGAAGCCUUGAAAAUACUUUCUAAAAAGAAAAAUGGAAACUACUGUGUUCUUGAGAUGGACCAGUCCUACAAACCGGAUGAAAAUGAAGUUCGAACACUCUUUGGUCUUCGUUUAAGCCAGAAGAGAAAUAAUGGUGUCGUUGACAAGUCAUUAUUUAGCAAUAUUGUCACCAAGAAUAAAGAUCUGCCGGAGUCUGCACUCAGAGACCUCAUUGUCGCCACCAUCGCUGUCAAGUAUACUCAGUCUAAUUCGGUGUGCUAUGCCAAGGAUGGCCAGGUUAUUGGCAUCGGAGCAGGACAGCAGUCUCGGAUACACUGCACACGCCUUGCAGGUGACAAAGCAAACUCUUGGUGGCUCCGGCACCACCCACGAGUGCUGUCCAUGAAGUUUAAGGCUGGGGUGAAGAGAGCAGAAAUCUCCAAUGCCAUUGAUCAGUAUGUGACCGGCACCAUUGGUGAGGGUGAAGACCUGGUGAAAUGGGAAGCACUGUUCGAAGAGGUUCCUGAGUUACUCACGGAGGCAGAGAAGAAAGAAUGGGUGGACAAGCUGAGUGGCGUGUCUGUCAGCUCCGACGCCUUCUUUCCUUUCAGGGAUAAUGUGGACCGAGCUAAAAGGAGUGGUGUGGCCUACAUUGUCGCUCCAUCUGGAUCUACUGCUGACAAGGUUGUGAUUGAGGCGUGCGACGAACUGGGGAUCGUCUUGGCUCAUACGGAUCUCCGGCUCUUCCACCACUGACCUUAGCUGUCAUUGUUUCCUGGUCGUAGAUAAUCAUGUGUGGGGUCUUGGAAGUCCCUCUAGAAGAGUCAUUUGUAUCUUAAUAUUUGGGUGUAUGGUUUAGUAGUUGGCUCAUACUUAUUUGAAAGGUACAGCUUUCUAGCCUAAGACACCACGUGCGAGGUUUGUUUCUGCAAAACCUGAAGGCAUCCCUCCCUCCUGGAGCCAGCUUUCAGGAAAAGUCCCUGUGAGACACCUAAGUACAGGUAACCAGGAGAAACCACGCUGCCUUAUGAUGACACGCCCCCCUACCCCACCCUCCACCCCCACCCCGGCGGAGGGCUCUCCCCAGGGCUCCUUUCUUCCAGCCUCUCAGCACCUUAGCUGUUUGCCUCCAAGUAUCCCCUGGGAGCUGGAUCCUUUGCUAGAUCUAGAUAACUGUUCUUCCUUUCCCCAGAACUGCUUAAAACCUCUGUUGCCUACUUAGUACUGUUUGGUAUAAACCUAUAAAGGAGAGCUUUUCACCCAAAGUGAGCAGAUAUGGACGGGAGUGUUGGGGGGUGGGGGGCAUGGUGGUGAGAACCUCCCUGUACCAGGCAGGACAUAACUGGGUCUCUGUCCCUGUGGCUGUGGUCCUCACUGUUCACACAGGAUGCCUGUGGUCAGUCAGCCUUAGGUUAGUUUUGCCUUCUUUCCAAUCCUCUAAAUAAACUUUAAAAGUUUUA